AUGGUCGUGAAACCACAUCAUGGCGGCAGCAAGCUGCAUUUGGGUGAACUCAUCAACGAGGCUAUUUCUUCCAUUGCACCAUUUUUGGGUUUGAUUUUGACCGUCACUUGCUGCAUCAUUGCCGCGAUCUGCAUUUACAUUCUCGACUUCCUCAUCCCGAAACUGUACUCUCGUAACACCCUCCGCGGCUUGACAGGCACCCAAAUACGCAGCCUCACAAACCACCAUGUCGCAGCCGGCACCAAAAUCCUUCUCAUCGUCCUCUGCGGUUAUCCGCUCCUGGCGAUCACCGGUGCCGGCAAAACACCACAUACUCCAUACGCACCAGACUCGAUUGUCACCCUCGGAGACAUGAUGAUUGUCUCGUCGCAACUAUUUACCGGCAUGUACAUCUUCGAGUUAUUUUAUCGCGACAAGGUCUCCAUCAUCAGCUACGCUCACCAUAUCGGCGCCAUCGUAAUUGCUCAGUCUGCAAUCGCGAUGAGCAUCAACUUCAACCACGAGAAAGAUGCUGUUUACGAGUUCAUAUUGUGCUUUAUCUGGGGUGCGUUCGACGUGGUCGCGGAGCUUCGGCCCCAUUUGGCCAUGAUUUACUAUCGAGUUCACGUCAGUGACCAUCAGCUUCUGGCUCGAGUAUUCUACGCCACGGCACUUUUGGAGGUUGUUGGCACAACUGUCGAGACCGCGAUCGUCAUGUUCCUCUUUGGCUCGCUGUGGGAGAAGUGGUCUAUGUCUCUCAAGAUUGCCACUCCCUUUCUUCACAUGCUGUUCUCUGUAGCCCAGCUCUGGGGUGCGUGGAUCUUCUACAAGAUGGCAAAAGCCGAACAGACAAAAUACAAGAAGGGUCAGGAAAACUAUCCGUCUUCAAGGGAAAGCCAGACAAGCGUGUGA